CAAUCGAUCCAGGGCUGGGCUUAAAAAAUGACUAAGUAAAGAAGGGCGGGGGGGGGGAAGGGGUGUAGAGAAGGGGGGGGAGAGAAAAAGUGAAAUGUGGGGGUGCCCCUCCCCCCAUCGAUCGCAACUUGCAAUCCCCCCACACACACACCUGACUAGCCUUUUUUUUGUAACCCCCUCUCCCAUCCCACCCCCGCCCUUUCCCUCUGUAAUCUGUUCCUUGGGGGAAAGGAGGUGAAGAGUCCCUCAAUUCCUCCCGGGAGCGAAGCUACCUUUGCCGGGGACAGAAACUACGCGAGCCCGAGGAUUUUGCGGCCUGUAUUUCUCCCGGGUCUCUGCUGAGAGAAGGCACCCCAGCUGCUUCUCCCCCCAACAAUCCCUCUCUUUCCCUCCCUCACCACCUUCUCCUUGUGAGAAAAAAAAGUCCCCGCAGCUGUCUAGCUAGGAGUGAAGCCGAGCCACCACAGCAGAUAUGAUGGAAGAAUUGCACAGCCUGGAUCCACGACGACAGGAACUAUUAGAGGCCAGGUUUACUGGAGCAGGUGUUGCUAAGGGUCCCUUGAACAAUGAAUCUUCCAAUCAGAGUUUGUGCAGUAUGGGUUCCCUGAGUGACAAGGAAGUGGAGACACCUGAAAAGAAACAGAAUGAUCAGCGCAACAGAAAAAGAAAAGGCGAACCACUUGAAACGAACCAAAACAAAAUUAUUCCCAGGGGACAUAAAAUUAGUGACUACUUUGAGUUUGCUGGUGGAAGUGGUCCAGGAACAAGCCCUGGGAGAAGUGUGCCACCAGUAGCACGAUCUUCACCACAACAUUCCUUAUCUAAUCCCUUACCUCGGCGAAUGGAGCAACCACUUUACGGAGUAGACAGCAGUGCAGCCAAGGAAGUGCCAGAGGAGCCUUCUGCUGCCCCAACUCUGGUAUCAACAAUGAUGGCAAAACAACGGCUAGAGGGCGAGCAGCUGGCACAGAGGGGUACAAGCCUCUGUUUUCCAUUUGCUUCGACCCAGCAAGGCAGCCCCUCAUCUGCGGUUUCAGGAAACACAGAGCAUUCCUGCAGCUCUCAAAAACAGAUUUCCGUCCAGUACAAACAGACUCAGUCUGAUCUUACAAUGGAGAAAUUAUCUGCAUUAGAAAACAGUAAGAACUCUGAUCUGGAGAAAAAAGAAGGCAGAAUAGAUGAUUUAUUAAGGGCAAACUGUGACUUAAGACGACAGAUAGAUGAACAUCAGAAAAUGCUUGAGAAAUACAAAGAACGGUUAAAUAGGUGUGUAACAAUGAGCAAGAAGCUACUUGUAGAAAAGUCAAAACAGGAAAAGAUGGCUUGUAGAGAUAAGAGUAUGCAAGAUCGGUUGCGUUUAGGUCACUUUGCUACAGUCCGGCAUGGAGCCUCUUACACAGAACAAUGGACAGAUGGCUAUGCUUUCCAAAAUUUAAUCAAGCAGCAAGAAAGGAUAAAUUCCCAAAGGGAAGAAAUAGAAAGGCAACGGAAAAUGUUAGCAAAACGAAAACCACCUGCCAUGGGCCAGGCUCCUCCAUCUACCAAUGAGCAAAAGCAACGCAAGAACAAAACCAAUGGAGCAGAAAAUGAGACGUUAACAUUAGCGGAAUAUCAUGAACAAGAGGAAAUAUUUAAACUCCGACUAGGUCACCUUAAAAAGGAAGAAGCUGAGAUUCAAGCAGAAUUAGAGCGAUUAGAACGGGUUAGAAAUCUGCAUAUUAGAGAAUUGAAAAGGAUACAUAAUGAAGAUAAUUCACAGUUUAAAGACCACCCAACACUAAAUGAUAGGUAUUUGUUGUUACAUCUCCUAGGCAGAGGAGGAUUUAGUGAAGUAUAUAAGGCAUUUGAUUUAACAGAACAGAGGUAUGUAGCAGUAAAAAUCCACCAGUUAAAUAAAAACUGGAGGGAUGAAAAGAAAGAGAAUUACCACAAGCAUGCUUGUAGGGAGUACAGAAUUCAUAAAGAGCUGGAUCAUCCUCGCAUAGUUAAAUUGUAUGACUAUUUCUCAUUGGAUACUGACUCGUUUUGUACAGUAUUAGAAUACUGUGAGGGGAACGAUCUGGACUUCUACCUGAAACAGCACAAAUUAAUGACAGAGAAAGAAGCCCGAUCUAUAAUCAUGCAGAUUGUAAAUGCAUUAAAAUAUUUAAAUGAAAUCAAGCCACCUAUUAUUCAUUACGAUCUCAAACCAGGAAACAUCCUCUUGGUAAACGGUACUGCUUGUGGUGAAAUUAAAAUCACUGACUUCGGCCUCUCAAAAAUCAUGGACGAUGACAGUUACAAUUCAGUUGAUGGCAUGGAGCUGACAUCUCAAGGAGCUGGUACAUACUGGUAUCUGCCACCUGAAUGUUUUGUGGUUGGAAAAGAGCCUCCAAAGAUUUCAAAUAAAGUGGAUGUUUGGUCAGUAGGAGUUAUCUUCUACCAGUGUCUUUAUGGCAGAAAGCCUUUUGGUCACAACCAAUCUCAGCAAGAUAUUCUGCAGGAAAAUACAAUCCUUAAAGCUACGGAAGUACAGUUUCCUCCUAAACCAGUGGUAACGCCAGAAGCAAAGGCAUUUAUUAGGCGUUGCCUGGCAUAUAGGAAGGAAGAUCGGAUAGAUGUCCAACAAUUGGCAUGUGACCCCUACUUGCUUCCUCACAUCCGCAAGUCUGUAUCAACAAGCAGCCCAGCUGGAGCUGCUGUCGCCUCAACUUCUGGAUCUUCUAAUAAUAGCUCUUCAAACUGAGCAGGAACAAUAGGCCAAAACAUAUAUAUAACUGGAACUGCAGAAGGAAACAGAGAGAGUCAGACAUGUUUUGAGAUGCAGCCUUGGGAUUGGCAAGAAGUCCACAAAAUGGCUCCAAGAAACCAGGAUCAGGUUCUUUGUUUUUCUCUUGCAUUCUUGUCCCAUCCGUAGAGCAAGGCAUCAUUGAUUCUCAGCAAGGAUUAUGGCAACUUAAGCUAAGUAGCCAAGGAAAAGAAGAUUGGUUGGUUCUAGUGCUAAGCAAUUGCAAAGGCACUAUCUGCUCUGGGCAGUGAAAGGAAAAAGAUGGUUCCAUGUACCGUGAACUUCCAAACACUACAGACCCAGAGUGCGGUUCCAUGAUGCAGGGUGCACACACUUAGUGUGAAGAAAUGUGGUUUUGGUGGCAGGGUAAAGAGGCUGGAGACAGUCCACCGUCAAUAUUUAAAAUAUUUUUUUUCUUUUUUGUAAGACUACAUCUCCUUGGAGGGAGGGGGAAGAAACCACAUAGGUCAAUGGUAUGAGGUUGCACUAAAGGUUGGCAUAGGAUUUUUGCACUCUGUACAAGAGAAUGCAGUGUCCUGCCUAUUGACAGCACUAGCAUUAGCAUGUUAUCCCAAAUAAUUUCAUCUUUAGUAACAAAUUUGUUUUUUAGCUACAAGAUGAAUUAAAUAGCAAGUCAGUGUGGCAGCAAUUUUUCCUUAGAGUGACUUCAUAAUCUAUGAGAAAGGAAUGCAAUGCAGAGUUUACAUAACGACUGUGAGCUUAGAUUUCUCUCCCCUCUCAGCAUCCUAAGGAAGUUACUAUUUUGUCAGGAAUUAUGACAGUUGUCAGUUCUCCCCUUUGAAUAAAUGUAGAAUUUCUUUUUUUUUUUCCUUUCCCCACCUAAUUCUUCGAUCCAUUCAUUGAUAUUUCCUUUAGAAAACUGUGCUCUCUUUAACAUGCAUACAAAUGCUGGCUCUAGCAAAUCCUUUAGGCAAAGUUCUUAUCCUUCCUAAUCUUUCAUAUUAGCUUUCUGCAUUGUUUUGGAUGCAUUUGCUGCAUUUACAUCUUGAAGGAAGUGUAUGUAGAAGAGGCAGACUUUUCUAAUCUUCUGUCUUGUUUUUAAUUUUCUUCUCGGUUAAGAAGUGUUUUUUUUAAUAUUCUUUACUUUUUCAUCUUCUAAAAAAAACAUUAAAAACCAAAGAAGAAUCCAGUUGCUUGAAACUUGUGGCAAAACGCUACUCCUGCUAAUAGCUGAAAGGAUGUUUACUGCAAGUACCCUGGCACAGACCUCAGUUCUUCACUUACAGCUGAUGAUUCUCAGUCCUCCCUUAAUUUCUUGUUGGUAAUAAUAUAAACAGAAGCAGUUGGGGCCAAAUAUUUUGAAAGUCAAGAGAAUUAGGAGGAAAGAGCAAAAUUUGGGUAUAAGGGCUUUGUAUGUAAACUAAUAUGAGGAUAUCCUCUGGCUACUUUUGCAGAUCAGGUGACUUAAGACCUGAUUGUUAAGUCUAUUUGGGAUCUGACCCUUUCUUCUGAAACAGCACAGUACAUGCACCAUUCAGUCAGAAGAUGAUUCUCAUACUGAAGUGGAAUUAAAUGAGCCUGUAUAAAGAGUAAGGAAACGCAGUAUGUCACUGUCAAACUAAUAUACCAUAAGAAAGCUCAUAGUGGUCAUCUUUAAAAUAAUCUCCUCCAAAUAGAUGACUAUCUUUAGAAUGGGAGCUUCUCAUCAGUAUGAUAUGUUUUCAAAGCUUUGAAGGACCGUGUCUUCCUUUUUUCUUUCACACUCAAUCAUAUUUCUUGCUUCUUUUCCUAAACAGCAGUUUCCAGGAUUAUCUAGAUUUCUAGUGAAUCACAUCCAUUGCACCUAUUUCUCCCAAUAAAGUUGUUAAUUACCUCUGAAAACAUAUGAAAAUAAUAUGUUUUUUUUUGUUUUGUGUUGUUUUUCCCUUCUCCUAGUUUUCAAUUUGCUUUCUUGUCUUAAAAGAAGCCAACUCACAUGUCUGUUUCUUUCAGGGUUCAUAUGUGCCAUGGUUACUCGUAGCUCUUUCACCUAAAUGCAGCUCAUAUUAACUGUCAAAAUACAUAGGCAGAAAUAACUGCUGCCAUAACAAGAUAUGGCUGCUUUCAGCUUGUUUGGACAGUAAUGAUUGACCCAUUAUCUCAUCUAUUUUGGGAUAGGGUUUGCUUUAUUUUUCCAUAGCUGAAAGCAAAAUAUGAAAGCUUAUCCAUGUCAGUGCUCAGGUCUAACAUUGUAGAUUUUUGCUCUCCAUAUUUCUUACUUGGAAAGAUAGAUAGAAAUCUGCAUUUCAUAUAUCCUUUAGUUGAUUCUUGAUCAUUAGCAGAAAUCUUAUCCCAAAUAAACCUUACAGUAUUUAAUUUUGUUUUUAAAAGAAUCUCAAUCAAUCAUAAUGUUUAAAAUUGCAAAAUGACUCCCCCCCCCUCCUCCGCUCACCCAUUAAAUAAUAGCUGUCUGAUAUAUUGAUCUUCAUUCAUUGUACCUGAGCAGAAACCUCUACCCUUUUCAUGAGUUCAUCACUAAACCAGGUUAAAUCACUCUGGAAGAGAAAUACAGACUGUGAGUUUUUCAUUUCUUUAAGCGGUUGCUGAACUGUUUUAUUUUGGGUAUCCAAGCCUUUUUGUUGCCACACUGUUCAUUUAACUGAAAGGGAAAAAGAAAGGUGUAUGGAUUUGUAACUUGAAACUAGGCCAGACUGUUUUGGCUUUGCCCUACAGACAAAAAUAUGGAUAUUAAACAUGUUUUCAAAAAUGCAAUCUUUUCACUUGCCUGGUUUUAUAUUUAGGCUGUGUUAUUGUUAUGAGAGGCAUGAAAAUCACAAGCUGUAUAAAAGACAUUGGUCCUGAUGAAACAAUAUAAGCAAAUAGUUUGUUGAAGUCCACAAGAAUUUGAAAAAGAUGUGGUUUUCCUUCUCUAAUAGGAAGAUCUGAUAGAUUGUAAGUCAGUUGUAAAAAUGAAUAAAGCAUUGUGGGCAGAAAUGAAGUGCUACCUUCCCUUAAAUAUAAAUAAUCAUGUAAAUGGUUCCUCAAAUGCCAAGAUUUUUUAAUUGAAGGCCAAGUCCAUUAUGCUGGGAAAAUCUUCAUGAUUGUUUGCCUUAAAAGAUCUUACAUCAGAAAUGCCUAGUGAAAUUUUAGAACUUUCUCCAGAUAUUUGGACAAGACUUCUGUCCCCAAUAUAAUAUAGGCCACUCAUAAUUC